AGCCCCAUAUGCAACGCAUAUGCCCACUGCAGGGACCCCUGCUUGGGUCUCAUUGGAUGCUGAGGGGGACUGUGGAUACUCCCAUACUCAUUAAGGUGCCAGAGCGCCCAGUGUUGGGGGGGGAGCAAUAAGAGGAGUUUGCGUGCCCCCCCAGCACAGUCACCAGUGCCCUCUUUGGCCCCACGCCUCUCCUCCUUAAUGAAGCCUCUGUCCUCCUCCCCGGUAGCUGUGCUAAUUGCUGAGUUCGUUAGCGGCCCUGCGUGGGGCCCAAGGAAGGGGCUCACUGCUGCUGUCCCCUGUGCCACACCGACGGGACACGGGCAGCAAGCGGGGGCUGCGCACUCAGGUAAGGGGGCACUGGUGUGGGACUGCACUGUGGAGAGGGAGGGUUUGGGGGGACAGAAGGCGUUGGGGAGCCCAUCUCCUUGGCCUCGGGUGUCUCUUGUUCAUGCUUGAGCCAUCACCAUCCCUUUGGUGAUCCCUGGGGCUGCAAGGGCACAGGGUGCUGCUGGUGGCACAGUGCUGGCUCAGCAGGGUGGGGGCAAUUAUGCUGUGACAGUGCUGUGAUAAGCUUGGGAUAGGUGACGCCUUGGUGCCAGCAUUCCACAGCCCCUCCUGCACCUCCAGGGCCACCCAAACGCUAUCAGGCAGAAUUAGGGUGGAAAAGGGCAGGGAUGAAAGGGCUAGGGAUAGCUCAGUCUCAAAACACCAGUUGUUGCUGGAGGAGUAUCAGAACAACUGCAUUCUAACUCUCCUGGAGAGUCCCCAGUCCCCAUGGUGUUCUCUCUCUGGCCAUCACCUGCUCCAACUGAGGGACCUCUGGCCACAUCCAACCCAUGGGGACCCCCAGCGCCAGGCUGGUGAUGCCUUGGCACGCAGCAAAGCCAUGGAAUGAAACAGAAAGUGGAUGGUUACAGGCGGGAUCCGCCCCAUGCUGGCAGCCCCAUGCUCGGGUCCCCCUGCCUGCAGCCAACACCAUGGUGGAGCUCAGCAAAAAGGUCACCGGGAAGCUGGACAAGACCACACCAGGCAUCCAGAUAUGGAGAAUUGAGAACAUGGAGAUGGUGCCGGUGCCCACCAAAAGCUAUGGCAACUUCUACGAGGGGGAUUGCUAUGUGCUGCUGUCGACACGUAAGACUGGGAGCGGCUUCAGCUACAACAUCCACUACUGGCUGGGUAAGAACUCAAGCCAGGAUGAGCAGGGGGCAGCCGCCAUCUACACCACGCAGAUGGACGAGUAUCUGGGCUCUGUGGCUGUGCAGCACCGUGAGGUCCAGGGCCAUGAGAGCGAAACGUUUCGUGCGUACUUCAAGCAGGGUCUCAUCUAUAAGCAGGGUGGGGUGGCCUCAGGUAUGAAGCACGUAGAGACCAACACCUACAACGUCCAGCGCCUGCUGCAUGUGAAGGGCAAGAAGAACGUGGUGGCUGCAGAGGUGGAGAUGAGCUGGAAAAGCUUCAACCUGGGCGAUGUCUUCCUGCUGGACCUUGGCCAGCUCAUCAUUCAGUGGAACGGCCCUGAGAGCAAUCGUGCUGAGAGGCUGAGGGCGAUGACCCUGGCCAAGGACAUUCGGGACCGAGAGCGUGCAGGACGUGCGAAGGUUGGUGUGGUGGAAGGAGAGGACGAGGGGGCCUCACCUGAGCUGAUGCAGGCCCUGACACACGUGCUGGGGGAGAAGAAGAACAUCAAGGCAGCCACACCUGAUGACCAAGUGCACGAGGCACUCAACAGUGCCCUCAAGCUCUACCAUGUUUCUGAUGCCAGUGGGAACCUGGUCAUACAAGAGAUAGCAAUUCGCCCCUUGACUCAAGACAUGCUCCAGCAUGAGGACUGCUACAUCCUUGAUCAAGCUGGUCUCAAGAUCUUUGUGUGGAAGGGCAAGAAUGCUAACAAGGAGGAGAAGCAGCAGGCAAUGAGCAGGGCCCUGGGCUUCAUCAAAGCCAAGAAUUACCCGGCCAGCACCAGCGUGGAGACAGAAAAUGAUGGGUCUGAGUCCGCUGUUUUCAGGCAGCUCUUCCAAAAAUGGACUGUUCCCAACCAAAUCAGCGGGCUGGGCAAGACCCAUACUGUGGGCAAAGUGGCCAAGGUGGAGCAGGUGAAGUUUGAUGCCACCACAAUGCAUGUCAAGCCUGAAGUGGCUGCCCAGCAGAAGAUGGUGGAUGAUGGAUCUGGGGAGGCAGAGGUCUGGCGGGUGGAGAACCAGGAGCUGGUGCCCGUGGAGAAGCGGUGGUUGGGUCAUUUCUACGGUGGGGACUGCUACCUGGUGCUCUACACCUACUACGUGGGGCCCAAGGUGAACCGUAUCAUCUACAUCUGGCAGGGCCGCCACGCCAGUACGGAUGAGCUGGCCGCCUCAGCCUACCAAGCUGUCAUCCUGGACCAGAAGUACAACAACGAGCCCGUGCAGGUGCGCGUCACCAUGGGCAAGGAACCAGCCCACCUGAUGGCAAUCUUCAAGGGCAAGAUGGUGGUGUACGAGAACGGCUCCUCAAGGGAAGGCAACACGGAGCCGGCAUCCUCCACUCGGCUCUUUCACGUGCACGGCACCAACGAGUACAACACCAAGGCCUUCGAGGUGCCCGUUCGAGCUGCUUCUCUCAACUCCAACGAUGUCUUUGUGCUCAAGACACCCGGCUGCUGCUACCUCUGGUAUGGCAAGGGCUGCAGUGGGGAUGAGCGUGAGAUGGGCAAGAUGGUGGCCGACAUCAUCUCCAAAACUGAGAAACCAGUGGUCGCUGAAGGGCAGGAGCCACCUGAGUUCUGGGUAGCUCUGGGCGGCAAGACCAGCUACGCCAACAGCAAGAGGCUACAGGAGGAGAAUCCCUCUGUGCCCCCCCGGCUCUUUGAAUGCUCCAACAAGACAGGCAGGUUCUUGGCCACUGAAAUUGUCGACUUCACCCAGGAUGAUCUGGACGAGAAUGAUGUUUACCUGCUGGACACUUGGGACCAGGUUUUCUUCUGGAUCGGGAAAGGUGCCAACGAGUCAGAGAAGGAGAAUGCAGCAGUGACAGCACAGGAGUACCUGCAGAGCCACCCUGGCAACCGUGACCUCGACACCCCCAUCAUUGUGGUGAAGCAAGGCUAUGAGCCCCCCACUUUCACCGGCUGGUUCAUGGCCUGGGAUCCCCUCUGCUGGAGUGACAAGAAAUCCUAUGAUGAGCUGAAAGCUGAGCUGGGGGACAACGCCAGCAUUGGGCACCUUGUGUCAGGGCUCACUUCCAAGAAUGAGGUCUUCACAGCCACCACCACACUUGUCCCCACCAAGCUGGAGACCUUCCCAUUGGAUGUGCUAGUGAACACUGCAGCUGAGGACCUGCCCCGGGGUGUGGAUCCCAGCAGGAAGGAGAAUCACCUCUCUGAUGAGGACUUCAAGGCUGUUUUCGGUAUGACCCGCUCUGCCUUUGCCAACUUGCCCUUGUGGAAACAGCAGAACCUCAAAAAGGAGAAAGGACUCUUCUAGGAGGGGAGGCUCAGCCUACAGCCAUCCCAAGCAAGCAGGUUAUUUUUACUAAAUAAAAUGGAUUUGGAAUGGGGCUUUGUGUGCUUCUCUGUCCACCCCAGCACCUGCAGCUCAGGACUAAAGGUCUCAUACACAGCCCCAGGCACUCCCUCUGUUAUCAGUGAGCUCAUGCAUAAAACUCAGUAAAUACUUGGCAGUAUCAAAGGUAAAAGCGACAAGCCAUGGUACGGGAAGCACAGGGACAGCACCUGCUGGGACAGCAGGCAUGGGGCAGGGCCUAAGGGGGGCAAUGGGGGAGCAGAGUCACAGAGGCAGCAAUGUGGGGUGCAGCACAUGCCCUACAAGGGUUUUAGAAUGCUGUCAGCUGGACUGGGGCAGGCAGCAAUAAGAUUUCAAACCAAAAGAGGGCUGAUAAAGGUUUUAAUUUCACAAAAAAAAUCUAUCUACACAUUGUUUAAAAGGCAGGGGGAGGGGAACAAGAGCAAAAUCUGUAAAGAAUAAGAGAGGAACAGGUCUGCUAAAACACAGAGAAAAGUGCUGCUCCACAUCAACA